AUGUAUAAAAUAUAAAUAGUUGACCCUGCUAAUAAAACUUAUAAAGCAUUUUUGCCUUCAGAUUAAAGCAAAAGCAUAAAAUUUAAAUUCUUUACAGAUUACUAGUUAGAGAAGAAUCUUAAAAUAUUUGAUUUUUAAGAAAAGAUCAUUUUACACAAACGCCUAUAAACAUUUAUAAUUACAAGGAUAAAUAAUUAUACUAAUGAAAUAGAAAUCCAUAUUGCAAAUGCAUCCUUAAUAAAAAAUAAAUUACAAGAAUAGAUUGUUGAUUCAUAAAAUAUAAUAGAGGUUAAAAGCACAUUGAAAGAAUGCAUAGAACUAAUAAACCUAAAUAAAAUAAUUUCAAUUAAUAUCAAAGAUGAAUAUUUUAUUAUGGUACUAAGAGAUAGAUUAUUAAAAUAUAAUUUGGGAUCCCUUGUAACUAAUACUAGAGAAAAGGCUCAUCCAGUAGAAGUAAUAUUUUACACACCAAUCCUCGUUUCUUAAAAACCCUACAUUUUAGAAUUUUGUCAUGAUAUAGUGUAUUUGUUUCAAAAAAAUGCAUUUCACAAGGGUAAGACAAAUUAGAUAAUAAUAAACUACAAAACAAUUAAUUUAAAAAAUCGAGACUCUAUUUAAAACCAUAAAAUAACAUUUAAAAGUCCUUAAGUUGCUUAAAGCAAUGAAACAAUGUUAUCAAGUGUUGAGAAAGUUAAGAUUGAUAAAGAUUUUCAAAUUCGCUUAAAAAUUAACACAGAAUUUAAAUAAAACAUCUUUACUCAAAAAAUAUUUGCAGACCCUGGAGAAUUAACUGUCAUAAAGUAUUGUAAAACCGAAGGAUAAAAACCUGAAUUUGGAUAUAUUCAAACAUUUUCUGAUUGA